CUCUCUCUCUCUCUCUCUCUCUCUCUCUCUCUCUCUCUCUUAUAUAUAUAUUCACAAACCAAUUUUUAAUCUUCCUGUUUCUGUCUAUUUAAUAUAGAUUUGUAGCUGAAGCUCUUUUGGACGUAAUAAAUAAAUGAACUCUCUCCAGUCUGUGAUGAGUGUAGGACUUUCUUCCUCGAAGAGUGCGAGGUCCACGGUCCUAUCGUCUUCAUGGCUGAUCGCCCCGUUGCUGUCAGAGAGAAAGACAGAGCCAAGAAGACGCUGCCCGCUGGGUUUGAGAUCAGAGAUUCUGGGAUCCCUGGGGCCGGUCUAGGGGUGUUUUACUGUGGAGACGGUGGCCUUCCCAUUGGAACACACUUUGGACCCUACGAAGGACACAGGACGGAUGAAGAGGGAGCCCUGGAGAGUGGAUACUCCUGGGAGAUCUACAAAAGCAGACACAAUGAUUACAUUGAUGCAAAGAGAGAGACACUUUCUAACUGGAUGAGGUACGUCAAUUGUGCUCGCAAUGAAGAGGAACAGAACCUGAUAGCGUUUCAGUACAAAGGAGGGAUUCUGUAUCGCUCCUGUGGCCUCGUGACUUCAGGAAAAGAGCUCUUGGUCUGGUAUGGGGACGAAUACGCCAGACAUCUGGGAAUCGGAUUUGAUCGACUGUGGAACAACAAGAGCUCUACUAAAGGAGGGAGAUCCCAGCUGACACCAGCACAGACUUUCCCCUGUCCCGAGUGUCCGUACUCCUACACGUCUCAGAUCUUCCUCCACAAACACAUGAAGAGGAGCCAUGGCGACCUGUACGGCCGACUGCUGAGGAGUGGAGAAAUCAAGGUGGAGCCUAGGCUCCACCCACACGUCGCAGCCUCCUAUCAAGAACCAAUCGGAGCCUCCCCGGGAACCGUCCAAAGCACGAGCCAGAUUCCAGCAGAAGGAGCCGGACGCCACAGAUGUGAGAAGUGCAGUAAAACCUUUAGUCACUCUGAUAGUCUGAAGGUUCACCAGCGCAUCCACAUGGGAGAGAAACCAUACCACUGUCAACAGUGUGGGAAAACAUUUAGUACAUCUGGUGAACUCAAGAGACACCAGAUCAUUCACACGGGAGAGAAACCAUACCACUGUCAACAGUGUGGGAAAACAUUUAGUAGAUCUGACGAACUCGAGAGACACCAGAUCAUCCACACGGGAGAGAAACCAUACCACUGUCAACAGUGUGGGAAAACAUUUAGUCAGUCCGGUGAUCUGAAGGUACACCAGCGCAUCCACACAGGAGAGAAACCAUACCACUGUCAACAGUGUGGGAAAACAUUUAGUAAAUCUGGUAAUCUAAAGGUACACCAACGCAUCCACACAGGAGAGAAACCAUACCACUGUAAACAGUGUGGGAAAACAUUUAGUCAAUCUUGUCAUCUCAAAAGUCACCAACAACUUCACAGAGGAGUCUCCACCCAAACAACCACGUGAAGAAACUAAAUGGUUCCCAGACAUCUGUUAUUCAAAUCUAAUCAAACAUGGUUCUUCCUGUUAUAUGUUAAAAGGGCACAUGAACGGUUAAUUGUUUAUCUUAUCAACUUGAUGUAUUUAUUUAUAUUCAUGUCUGUAUGAGUGAAGGUUUUUACCCCAAAAAUGUUCAGAAGAAAAAUAGUUUGAGAGUAAGGUAUCGUAGAUCUGACGUCAUUGUUAUAUUUAUUACAUUUGUAUGUAUUUAUUUAUUUAUCCUUGUGAAAAAGAGCUUUCUUCACGCACGUUGUUGUUACAAAGCAUCUCUUUACUUAAAACACAGCACAACUGUCGAGUCACUUGCACAACUCCAGCCCCUCCAGUCUAAAACUCUGAGAGGGGUCUGGCUGCAGACAUCCACCCACACGCACUUCCGCUGCAGACAGAAACAUCCACCCACACGCUGGAAAUUGCGUGCUGGUGGAUGUCUGGAGCGCGAGUUGCACAUUAUUCAACAGCGCCCCCUCGGGUCACACUUUUCGGUGGGUCGCAGAAUUCGGUGUAACAACGGGACUCACUGCACGAAGAUAUUACACAGGGGAAGAGCAUAUUUGUGGCUGAUCUCAAUGCUGUUCCGACUUGGCGAUAUCCAACAGCAUGUGACCCACUUUCAAGUUUACCUGAUGAUGUUUACUUCAGAGACGCUGUUGUAAUUCCUGUUUGGAAACCUGGACAUUUCUUGUUAUCUAAACCUUUGUCAGUCUCUCAGCCCUGGGCCAUGGAAAGAGACGACUGGUUUGGACAUCGAGGGCUUUCCACGGCAAAAGUAUGGCAUCGACUGUGGCAUCUUCAUGUUGAUGUAGGCCUAUGCCCUUUACAAAGUCAUGGAUGCACCCUUUGACUUCACUGUUACUGAUAUGCCAUCGUUGAGAAAAUGGUGGUAUAUCAUGCUGAUUGAAAAUCUUGACCUUGGAAGCCAUGGCAAACUCUUUGCCCACUGGACUGACACAUCUAAGGCUCUUCUUCGGGGUGAGGUGCCACCAGUUUUUAAACUGAAGAAGAGAAGGCGAGAUGACAUUGAUGAGGGGCCACUUGACAACAUUGUGGCUGGAGUUUCCUGGCUGCGUCAGAAUGCAGGUUUGCUCAGGGGGAAGGUGGUCGAGCCCACAUUUCCGAAUAUGGACGCAAAAGAACAGCAGGAGCUCCUGGAAAGGAUACGUUCUUCAACUGAUGAAGAAGAAAAGUAUCCCCUGCUCUUCACAUUUGAUUUUCAGGAAGAAAUGGAGGUCUUCCUUAACAUGGCAGCUGAGGAGGAUCUUCGGGUCAACGCCAUGUUUCUGGGUCGCUGGGUGGACAGCCAGUGACGUGUGUGUGUGUGUGUGUGUGUGUGUGUGUGUGUGUGUGUGUGUGUGUGUGUGUGUGUGUGUGUGUGUGUGUGUGUGUGUGUGUGUGUGUGUGUGUGUGUGUGUGUGUGUGUGUGUGUUGAGGUUCUGAGUUCAGUUAUCUGUUGAGUGUUCUUAAUAAAGUGUUAUAACGUUUACAAUGUAUUGAUUUUUUGUGUGACUUUACUUAUUCACUUUGGUUACACACAGAGCUAAGUUAAAACACAGACUUGAGUUUGUCGUAUUUAAAUAUGGGCAAAUAAGGUGGUCCAACAGCACAAGGUAAGACAAUAUUAUAGACGAUUAGAGCCAGAUAUUAAAUGAAUGAUGGUUCAGAGUAAGAAUUUAGGAAUGUAAAAGUGCUAAUAACAUGAUAAAUUAUGUUGGAAUGCAGUCGAACCUUAUGUUAAGACAACAGAAUGUAACAUAGCUAGACCUAAUAUAAAUAUGUCAGAAAAGGUGAAGCUAAAGGGGAAUUGUUCUAUCUAUUCCUGUCCACUCAUACA